CUGAGCACGAGCUACCACCCGUUCACAAUCCAACGAGUGCACCUGUGACGCAGGGCGGGUUCCACAGAUUACUGCAGAUUAUGGGUUGCGGGUCACCUAUUUGUGGGUUAUUUACAACAGAGAGUCUAGGUGCGAUGUCAUCACUUGAUAACCUAGAGACGCCUGCCACAAUUAGCAACCAACUGCUCAAUUUUUCGAAACCGGACGGCGCCUUUGAGAUUUAAAAUAUCCCUGGAGGGAUCUGUGCUAGCAGAUUGGCCAGCGGCAUCUUUCGAGGCCACUUCUCACUUGAAAUGACAGAGACUCUGACACCUAGAACCGAAGCGCGGCCUCAGCACACAAAACGGGCGCCCUCGGCUCUGAAGACCGGCUCGCCACGCAAGCCAUCCCGACGCGUAUCGUACGCCGCCGAGGAGCCUGCCAAAGCAGCCUCGUCGUUCACGCCCGCCCUUUCCGUCGCAUCAUCGCCAUGGUCGAGCAAGCUCCUCCUCACGCUCGACGGCGGAGGUAUUCGAGGCUACUCCUCGUUGAUCAUCCUUCGCACCCUGAUGAAGGAGGUCGCCGAGAUCGAGCAGCGUCAUGAGAAACCGGCCAUGUCCAGCGCGGAUACGGACCGGAUACCGCGGGGCUCGAUCCCUUCGCAUGUCUAUCGGGAGGGCCAAUAUCUGCCGUGCCACUACUUCGACUACAUAGCCGGAACAAGCUUCGGCGGUCUGAUAGCCAUCAUGCUGGGCAUGCUGGGCAUGAGUGUGAAGGACUGUAUCGACGAAUUCAACAACCAGCAGGAUAGCAUACCCCUAGCCAACUUCAGGCCCGCAAACCUCGAUUUCUCCCUCCUGCGCAGGAGGACAACUUGGCCACCGAAGAGGUCGAACAGUUUCUACGAGACCUUUGCCCGUUUCAGCGCGACGGCGACCGCCAAUUUGAACGCGAAGGCGGCUCCUGAACCGUCAACUCCAACUUCGACGUCUACGGUGGAGUCCGAGUUCAAGCAGGACUCUUUUCAAUGCCAAACGCUGGCAUGGUGCACCGAGAUCGAAAGCCGGAAGCCGUACGCGUUUUGCUCAUACGAGGACUACGAGAACGCCAACCGGGCGAUAUCGAUACCGGAGGUCGCAAAGGCCAUCACCGCCCCGACCUCGGCCCUGUUCAAGCCGUUCAAGCUCGGGGCGGCGCAUUUCGUGGACGGCAGCAGGCAGAUCCGCGACCCGACGCUCGAGGUCCUGAAGGAGAUCUCGGGCCUCCUGGAGAGCGACCACCCGGCCAUCGGCCUCGUGCUAAGCCUGGGCACCGACGAGCACCGCAGCUGGAUCUACGAGGUCCUGGGGAUAGGGUCGCAGUCAUCGUCAUCCUCGUCGCAGUCGUCCGGGAGAAAGUCCGCCGCCGCCGCCGCCCAGGUCGACGCCGAGGUCAGCAAGGAGAAGGGCCGGUCGUACCACGACUACCACCGGUUCGAGGUCCCCGACGUCCGCCUCGGCUUCCGCCGCAAGUUCUUCCUGCGCGAGAUCGAGGACUUCACCGCAAAGUGGCUCGCCGAGGGGACCAACAUGGCCGACAUCCGCCGCUACGCGGCCGCACUGGUCGAGAGCCGCCGGGCCAGGGCCGCGACCCCCGGCUGGGAGACGUUCGCCCUCGGCGCCAGGUACCUGUGCUUCCACGACGUCUGCCUGAACAAGGACACUGUCUUCGACAGCAGGGGUAAGUUCUACGGGCACCUGGACCGCAGCCACGGACUCUCCAAGGACAUGACCAAGAAGGGCAAGCAGGCCAUCGAGGCCGAGUUGGACAGGGGACGCAGGAUCGGGCAUGGGUUGGCGUUGUAACGUUGUUUGCCCCUUGGGGGAUGGAUGAUAUGAAGUUACGGUUUACUGGGGAAUGAUAAUGCAAUGGUUUGCAGCUGCCCUUGGGGCCAUUACAGCGAGGGAGUUUCGG